AUGAGUGAUGUAGUUGGAACCUGGCAAGUGGCUCUUUCCGAUGGUGUUCAUAAAGUUGAAUUUGAACAUGGUACAACCUCUGGUAAACGUGUGAUUCGUGUUGAUAGUAAAGAAAUUCUUCGUCGUGAUUGGCUUUUUAAACUUGUUGGUAAAGAAACAUUUAAAAUUGGUAAACAUCAAUGUACAAUUAAUAUUGAUGCUGUAAGCGGUUUUGCUUAUGAAUAUACACUUGAUGUAGAUGGCAAACCAUUAGAAAAAUUUAGUGAAAAUCGUUCAAAAAUAAGUCGAACAUGGACAUUAACACUUGAUGGAAUAGAUUAUCG